AUGGCCGCCCAGUCAACACUUCGACAUCCGGGGGAUCCUCUCCUUGCACUCUACUUACAUUACUCAGGUCUAAUCCGCUCUCGGCUGAAGCGUACUUCAUCAACCACUCGACUUAUCGCUGUGAUUUCACUUCUUUUUUCUAUCAUCGGCUCGGGGUAUGGCGGUUACAAGUGGCUUCGGGGAAGAGCAAAGGAACGCGCACAAGGUCGCCGUCUACUUCGCCGAAACUCAGGCAUCCGAGGAAAAGAUGGAUCGCGUACCAUCUAUGUACCCUACAAGGGAUCCCGGACCUCGAAAGUCUUGAUCCAUCCAACUAAGCCUACUACUUUCGAUGCUCAUCGACGUCUGUUCUUGAACCCGCCGGUUUCGGCUCGCACCAUAGAGAGCGGGUACUCAAGUCAGAUUCCCCCACCCACAGCGAAACCUGGUCUAAACCUGGCGUUUCUCCACCAGUUCCUCAGCUUGGGAAGUAUUAUGGUUCCAAGAUGGGGGAGCAAGGAGACCGGACUGUUGAUGAGCCAUGGCCUUUUCCUCCUGCUUCGAACCUACCUCUCACUGGUUGUUGCACGACUAGAUGGUGAAAUCGUUCGAGACUUGGUUGCUGGUAAAGGCAGGGCCUUUAUGCUUGGCAUCCUGAAGUGGUGUGGAAUCGGCACACUUGCCUCUUACACCAAUGCAAUGAUCAAAUUCCUCCAAUCCAAAGUGUCAAUCUCCUUCCGGACUCGCUUGACACGAUACAUCCAUGACCUGUAUCUGUCCGACAAUGACACUUACUACAAGCUGAUGAACCUUGACGGGGGCAUUGGCCAAAGUCCUGAUCAAUUCAUCACCCAGGAUCUCACCUUGUUUUGCUCAGCUGCAGCCGCCCUCUACUCAUCCCUCGGCAAGCCAUUAGUGGAUCUUUUUGUUUUCAACUACCAGUUAUAUCGUUCUCUUGGCCCUCUUGCUCUGAGCGGGAUUCUCGCUGGCUACUUUAGUACAGCUGUGAUGCUUCGGAAAAUGUCACCGCCGUUUGGUAAAUUGAAGGCUGUCGAGGUCAAGAAGGAAGGAGACUUCCGGGGUUUACACUCAAGGCUGUUAGCCAACUCCGAGGAGAUAUCGUUCUAUGGAGGUGCUGAUAUUGAGCGAGUAUUUUUGAACAAAAGCUUCUUAGAUUUGCAACGCUGGUUGGAGGGCAUCUACAGCCUCAAAAUUCGGUACAACAUGCUCGAAGACAUGAUUUUGAAAUACUCAUGGUCGGCCUUUGGAUACCUGCUGACCUCGCUGCCUGUCUUCUUACCUGCAUGGGGUGGCCUUGCGGGUACUUUAGAGUUGGCUGAUAUGUCAGAGAAUAUGACCCGAGAGCGAGGUCGCAUGAAGGAUUUCAUCACCAACAAGCGUCUUAUGCUUUCUCUGGCUGAUGCAGGAGGCCGUAUGAUGUACAGCAUCAAGGAUAUCUCUGAACUCGCAGGUUACACCUCACGUGUCUACACCCUAAUCGCCGCUCUUCACCGUGUCCACGCCAAUGCAUACUAUCCCCCUCAAGGCUCUUACCCGGAGCUCUUCUCUCUUUCAGAUGCGCAAGGUACGACUCACAAUGGAUUUGAUGGUGUCCGCCUGGAGCAAGUCCCCAUUGUUGCACCGUCCCUCUACCCCUUAGGUGGAGAUGAGCUCAUCGAGUCAUUAUCGUUCAUCGUUCACUCGGGUGAACAUCUUCUGAUCUCUGGGCCAAACGGCGUCGGUAAGUCAGCUAUCCCUCGUAUCGUGGCAGGGCUGUGGCCAGUCUAUCGCGGAUUGGUCAGUCGGCCCCGAGCAUUCGGCCUUGAAGGUAUCAUGUUCCUCCCACAGCGUCCAUAUCUGAGCGUAGGUACCUUGCGGGACCAAGUGAUCUACCCUCACACCGAGAUUGACAUGCAUGAGGCUGGUGAGUCCGACGCCGGGUUGCAGAAGAUCCUCGACGCCGCCCACCUUGGCUAUCUGCCUCAACGCGAAGGAGGGUGGGAUGCACGCAAGGAGUGGAAAGAUGUGCUAAGCGGCGGAGAAAAGCAACGCAUGGCAGUGGCCCGACUGUUCUAUCACGAGCCCCGCUACGCCUUUAUCGACGAAGGAACUUCGGCAGUUUCCUCUGAUGUAGAGGGACUGCUCUAUGAGCAAGCGAAAGAACGUGAUAUCACACUUGUAACCAUCUCCACUCGGGCGUCUCUCAAGAAGUACCACACUUACAAUCUUACUCUCGGCAUGGGAGAAGAAGGUGAGCAGUGGGAGUUUGAGAGAAUCGGCACCGAGAAAGAGAAACUUGGCGUUGAGAAAGAAAUUCAAGAGCUUCGUACGCGUCUUGACAAAGUAGAUGAGUGGAAGCUGCGCCGUGAAGAGAUUGAGAAGGAGCUUGGUAAGGUCUGGGGCCCUGAUGGGGAGAUUGCUCCUCCACCUUAUCAGAUGGAAGACAAACCUAUGGCAGAUAUACAGGAAGGAUGUCAUUGA